CCGUCCGCCCUGCGCCGCUGCCGGGCUGGUUCCCCGCGCGUCUGGGAGCGGGAGGAUCCCUUGGCACAGCGGGUCAGUACCCGCCUCUCCCGGCCCGGCCCCUGGGCUGCUCCCUGCCCCGCUGCCUGGCUGGUGCCUUUCCAGCCCCGCGGAGCAUUGCUGCAGCUGGGAGCAGCGCGGCUGGCUGAGCGCCUCCGCCGGGCUGGAAGUUGUGCCCGGCACCUUCUCACCUGACAGGGGCAACUUCCCCCGGCAGACAGCCAGGACCUGGCUCAUCCCUGCCUCCAGAUCGCCCGGGCUUCGCUGCGCUGCACAGUCACUCGCAGCUGCCACGUGAACCAGGGACCUUCAUCUUCAUGACGGAAGAGAGCAUCAUGGCCUUUAGGAUUCAAGAUUUUACUAGGCUGAGGAUUGACCGGGACUGAAAGAUUCUGGGUUACUCAUAAAUCUCCCCAAACUAACACACACAGACACAGUCCCUCUCUCCUCAUUGCUCCAUUAUUGGUUGUGAGUAAAAAGAUGGCAUCCAGCCUUACAUGCACUGGGAUGAUCUGGGCACUUCUUUCCUUCCUCUGCGCUGCUGCCUCCUGCAUAGGAUUCUUUAUGCCCUACUGGCUGUUGGGGUCUCAGCUGGAGAAGUCAGUGUCCUUUGGCACUUUCCGGAGGUGUUCCUAUCCAGUGCGUGAUGAGAGCCGCCAGACUACAGUGAUGGUAGAGCAGUGUGGCCGCUACGCAUCCUUCCAGGCCAUCCCAAGUGCUGAGUGGAGAAUCUGCACCGUGGUGACGGGGCUGGGCUGCGGCCUCCUUCUUUUGGUGGCACUGACUGCACUCAUGGGCUGCUGUGUGUCCGAGCUCAUCUCCAGAACUGUGGGCAGGGUAGCAGGAGGCAUCCAGUUCCUGGGAGGCUUGUUGAUUGGCUCUGGCUGUGCUCUCUAUCCUUUGGGUUGGGACAGUGAAGAGGUUAGACAGACCUGUGGUAACCUUUCCAACCAGUUUGAAUUGGGUUCUUGUGAAAUUGGCUGGGCUUACUACUGCACCGGAGGAGGAGCAGCUGCCGCUAUGUUAAUCUGCACUUGGUUGGCCUGCUUCUCUGGCAAGAAACAGAAACAGUACCCUUACUGAGGCUGGCGGCCUGAAAGUCCAGUUUAGAGAAUGAAUGAGCUUCGAGAGGCAGAAGUGACUUACAGAUGACUUCUUCUGAAAAAAGUGCUUUAGCUCCUAACUGCAGAACAGUCAGUAUGAAAUGAGAAUGGACGUGGUCAAGGAUGUGAGGUGACACUGUGAAUUGUGGGGAGGAUGGGGAGUCUGGAAAGCUGGACCAAACUCUGCAAAUCUUGGAAGGCAUGGACAGUUCUUGCUUGACAGAAUAUAUUUCUGGUCUGUUUGGAAGAAUACAAUUUUACGAGCAAGGAAUGCUCCCCUUUGGUAAAUUGUGACCGUAUAGGCGUACCAAUAAAUUGAAGGACUCAUAAAAAUAAUGUUUGGGUUAGGAUAUACUCUUCCAAAAUUCCCCUUAAGCACAACACUCCUGAAAGUGUGCGUGCACACACACAUAUAUAUACAUACACACACGUAUAGAACAUGGCACAGAACAAAUAAAAUGCAAACUUAUUGGUGCAUUUUUUUCCUUUCUUUUAUUCAUUUGAUGAUUUAAAAUUCAACGUUAUACCACUUUUUAAACUACACAUGAAACCUAAUAAAUGGACCAAUAAGCCACUUUAACAAUAUUUUGUAUAUUCUCUCUACUCUUUUCCCCAAAACAUUUAUUCACUGCUUAUUCAGCCCUAUAGAAUUUUUAUUUAGCUUCUGUGUUUUCAGCAUUAUUACAAAAAUGCAACAUUUUACUCAGCAUAUUUAGGGGCUUUGCCUAUAGUACUAUUAUGAAGGGCAGUAAAUGGACAUCUUUCAGUCCAGGGAGAAUUCCACUCAUGGUACUGUAGGAUAUUGUUGGUUACAUAAGACUAAUGGGAAACGUCUUCCAGAUAUAGAUUUUGUCAUUGUUACGUUUAGCUCGUUGUUGUAUUGUACUGUACCAUGUUUAUUAUUUCAAUAUUCAUUUUUGUAAAAAAAUAUAUAAAUGUGCUAUUAUGUUUGUAUUUGAAAAUCUCUGUAAAUAAAUUUUUCUCUGACCAGUA